AUGUUUUCAGUUUCCCAAUCAUCCAAAAAAGCUGCUGCUUCUGCUUCUCGUCAAAUAGUUCGUUAUAACUCCACCAUACCAAAAUGGGCCUACGAACAAAUGCUCAAACCUGAUAAAAAAAUUGCCAAAGAGUUUUCUGAUAGCUUGAGAGCUACUGAAGACCAUGCUGGUAAGACCAGUGACUUAUGGAUGAAAAUUACCUGGUUUGUUGCUGUCCCAGCUCUUAUUGCAGCCACUGUCAACACCUAUUUUGUUGAAAAAGAACAUUUCCACCACAUUGCAGAAAAGGCUAAGAUUCCUGAUGAAGAAUGGCCUCAACAAUACGAAUACCAAAAUAUAAGAUCAAAACCUUUCUUCUGGGGUGAUGGUGACAAAACAUUUUUCUGGAAUGACAAAAUCAACAGAAACGUUAAAAGAGAAUAA